CGUACGACGGGUUGGAAUGCGGCUGGCUGUCUUUCGCCUGCAAUGAAUUAACAUGACAUCGCAACCGCGGCCAACAACAGAGCUCCUACGGGAGUUGUAUGACCGGCUCGAGAGUGCGAAUCUACUUCACCAUUACGACAGCAGAUGUAUCCAACUCCUAAUGCCGGCACCUCAGCCGAAGCCCACAACAGAGUUCCAACGUGAGUUGCAUGGCCGGCUCGAAAGUGCGAAUCUACUUCGCUAUUACAACAACAGGGGUAUCCAACUCCAGGCCACGGAUAUGAAGGACGUCUGCAUCCUGAACAAUAGGGAUAGAUUGCUACGCCAGCCUCCACGUAGAUUUGUGCCAAGGGAAGACGCUAAGACAUGGAGGAAAAUGUCUCUGGAGUGGUUCAAUAGCAGAGCAUUACUCUGCGGAAAAGUGGUUCCACCCGACCAGCCUGACAUGGACGAAGAAACGUCUGCACGGCACGAAGAUGUCCGAACGGAGAUGCACAUGGCGAUCGAAGAAAGAGACCUUUGUAGCGCAGAACAGUGUCUAUAUUCCGCCCCUCAGCUUACAUGGUGGCUAUGUCCAAACACCGAUCAGUCAGCUCUACACCGAGCAGUGAAGAGGAACGCAUUCGACAUUUACGCCCUGCUCGUUGCAUGCAACUGUCGCUUCCUCAACGACGCUGAAAAGAGCUGCCUGGACAGCUUAUCGGUUGUCCAGCGUUGCGAAUUACAACGAAAGACGUCAUUCAUUGAUGAUUACUUUAGCCAACACAUAACGUUCCUUAAUAGUGAAUUGCAUGGUAUGUCCGAACCUUUCAAAUGCAGAGUGAACGACUUGUUCGUUAAGCUUGACAGCAUCUCUUUCGUGAGGAUUAUUCUCAAGGUUCUCGCCACGACUGAACACUUGAUUGUUGAUUGCAACGAAGAACGCAGUGGCGUCGAGUUCAUGUUGCCUACCCGAGUACGGACGGGUCAUGGGACAAUCUACUUGGGCGGAAAAGAGGAAGAAGUUCUUGGCUUACUUGCGCGUGCACUCUGCUCCUUGGCCCUGCAUCUGGUAUUUGACAACGGUGGGAAGCCGUACCGUAGCUAUGGUGGCUUUGCCGAGCGCCACUACCAAGAAAGUGUGGAGUGUCUUAUGAAAAAAAGAGCCAUAUCAGACAGUAUUUUGAGAUCUGCCUUGUCCCACGACUCCAAGACGGAUCUGAUCACCGGUGUGCCUCAGGUGCUUGCUUACUACAACGAUGCAGGAAAAGGAGACACUCUUCUGAAGCAGGAGGCUGGGGAACUAUACCGCUUCUUCAAAUACGAUGUUGUUUCCAACAUGGAACUAUACAUUGAGGACACCAUGCUUGAAAGGGAAGCCAAAAAAAUCAGAAACAUCAAUGCAAGACGACGGGCUGAGGGUUACCGACGCUUACGACUCGGGGUUAUGAAACCCUUUCAAUUCAGUCAUCUUCCUGAUGCUUGUCUUUCUGUUCUCACAGCGCCUACCUUACUGUUCCUUGAGGAACUUGUGUAUGGAGGCCUUUACGAUGCAGGCGGGUUUUUGUUUCUGGAAGCCUGUCGGUGGGACAGCGUGGAGCGCAAAGUUCUCGCUGAAAACCGGUGGCAUAUCGUGACAAUUUCUUGCGGGGGAAGGUGUGAUAUGCAAGGAAUGCUAGAAGUGCUGCACGACGUGAACGAAGUGUACGGUGCAAAAAUCAUUCUGCUUGUGGAAACAGAAAACACCGACUUUUACGUAACACAAGUGAAGGGAAACGCCUUCUUCGAGAAAAAACACUCCGUGAAGCAAGUAGACCGAGCUUGUUUCGAAGACGUCUGGCACUAUUAGGAAACCAAAAUGUUGAAACAAGUGACAGUGCGUCUCCUUUCAUCCGACGCAUCGUUUUCCUAUGAAGAGCUCUUCAGCAUAAGCGACUGUGUUGGCCUCCUUAACGAGGCUACGUACCUCAAGUUAUCCAAUAAAGAAUGUCUCGUGAUUA